AUGCGCCUGUACCGCUGCGCCGUGCUGGCCCUCCUCUUCGGCACCGCCGAGGCCUCCAUCGUCGAUGUCUUGACCAAGGUGAAGACCUUCCGCAGCGCCGGCUUGGAGCUCUUCAGCGGCCUCGCUGAGGAGCUGAAGACCCAGAAGGAGGACUCUGCUUCAAAGAAGGCGGAGGCCUUCAGCAACGACUGGCUGAGCGUGCUGGGAGUCCAGAAAGGCCUCACUGGACUGGCCAAGGAUUUCACGCUGAAUUACCUGGGCAGAGACAGCUAUCACGAUCGCAACGGACCCCUUGUGGAUGCUCUGAAGCAGGUAUCGGCAACGCUCAGUGCGCGCUUGGGCGAGGAGGAAUUAGGGCACGAGCUGCUGCGUGCGAUGAAGAAGGUUUGUUUUGAGGGGAAGCGGCUAUUUGCCUCAGGUGGCUCCCUCCAUGAGAUGUUGUCCGACCUGCUGGAACUUUUGGAGUCCAAGGGCGCCAGAGAGGCCCUGCCACAUGUGAUGAGCACCAGCAGAGAGCUGAAGGAGGCGCUGAGCUACUUCUCGGGCCCUCGAGUGGCCAACGAGGAACUCUAG